UGUCCGCGGCGCCGGUGGCAGUAAGCAGUAACAGCUGCUGCUCCUGGUAACGGCGGCGAGGCUUGGCGACGGAGCCCUGAGGGGAGAAAGCGAGCGAGGUGCGCGUGUGAGUGAGGGAAAGAGACGACGGGCGCGCCUCUUUGGCUGCUGCUGCCCCUCCACCGGAGCAAUUCCCGCGGUCGCCUCGCCCCCUCCAUUGUCUCUGCCGGGUUCCCCUCAGCAGGUUCUGGCGAGGAGCUUCCGGCUUUCCCGGGCUGUCUCCCUUUGGCUCCAUUCCUCGCCUGCUUCAGGAACAGGGCAGGCUCUAGGCUGCAUGCUCGGGGUGGCUGCGGGUGGCUGAGGCGAUGAUGCUGCGGGCUUUGGCGGAUCCGACUUAUGGUACCUUCGCCUGGUGGAUUCUGGCUUUCUGUUGAGGGGUGGGUGGAAAAGAAGGAAAAGGAGGAGAGGGUGGAAGAGGACCGGGCGUGUUGUGGCUUUGGAGGGCGCUUCUUCCUUCAGACACCAAUUCUCGCUCCCGAAAGAGGACUAUGGAGUGAUUUCCCGCCGGUGUCCUUCUCCCGCGCUAUGGAGUCCCCGGUUUGUUUAAGCACCUUGUGCUUCCUCUUCUGUCUCAGCUCAGUUUUCGGCUUUGGCGUGGACCCCUCCUUGCAGAUCGACGUGCUAGGCGAGUUGCAGUUGGGAGAAUCCGUGGCCGGAGUGCUGCAAGUCCAAGGGCUGCAUAACGGGAGCAAAGCUUUCUUCUUCCAAGGUACUUCGAGAAGUGUAAAAGCAACUCCAGAGAAAGCUGAACUCUUUUUUCAGAAGCUAAGAAAUACUCACGAAUUCACAAUUUUGGUGUCACUCAAACAAACUCGCUUAAAUUCAGGUGUUAUUUUUUCUGUUCAUCACUUAGAUCACAGGUACUUGGAACUAGAAAGCAGCGGUCAUCGAAAUGAAAUUAGAUUGCACUAUCGUUCAGGAAGCCAUCGAUCACAUACGGAAGUGUUUCCUUACAUUUUGGCAGAUGACAAGUGGCACAGGCUGUCUUUAGCAAUCAGUGCAUCACACCUCAUUUUGCAUGUAGACUGCAAUAAAAUUUAUGAGAGAGUGGUGGAAAAACCCUAUAUGGAUUUACCUAUUGGCACAACAUUUUGGUUGGGACAAAGGAAUGGUGCACAUGGCUACUUCAAGGGCAUAAUGCAAGAUGUGCAAUUACUUGUCAUGCCUCAAGGAUUUAUCUCUCAGUGCCCAGAUCUUAAUCGCACAUGCCCAACAUGUAAUGACUUUCAUGGACUUGUGCAGAAAAUUAUGGAGCUGCAAGAUAUUUUAGCCAAAACAUCUGCAAAGUUGUCUCGAGCUGAGCAGAGGAUGAAUAGGUUGGAUCAAUGCUAUUGUGAAAGAACCUGCACUAUGAAGGGAGCAACCUACAGAGAAUUUGAAUCUUGGACAGAUGGCUGUAAGAACUGCACUUGCAUGAAUGGUACUAUUCAGUGUGAAGCACUGAUCUGUCCACUUUCUGAUUGCCCUCUUAAUUCUGCUCCUGCAUAUAUUGAUGACAAGUGCUGCAAGGAAUGCCAACCGAUAUGUGUGUUUGAAGGCAAAACUUACUUUGAAGGUGAAAGAGAAACUGUACGUUCAAACUCAGGGGACUGCAUUUUAUUUGAAUGCAAGGACUACAAAAUGCAACGUAUAGUGAAAUCAAAUUGUCCUGCCUUGAACUGUCCUGAGUCUCAGCAAAUCUCCUUGUCUAACAGUUGCUGCAAAGUUUGUAAAGGCCACAACUUUUGCUCUGAAGGACACAAGUGCUUGGAGAAUUCUUUCUGCAAGAACCUUGAAGAUAGGGCUGUCUGUAGCUGCCGGGAUGGUUUCCGAGCCCUUCGAGAGGACAAUGCAUAUUGUGAAGAUAUUGAUGAAUGUGCUGAAGGAAGACAUUACUGUCGGGAGAAUACCAUGUGUGUAAACACACCAGGAUCAUUCAUGUGCAUCUGCAAAACAGGUUACAUCAGGAUUGAUGACUACUCAUGUACAGAACAUGAUGAAUGUCUCACAAACCAGCACAACUGUGAUGAAAAUGCAUUGUGUUUCAAUACUGUGGGAGGACAUGACUGUGUUUGCAAGCCAGGUUAUACUGGAAAUGGCACCGUAUGCAAAGCCUUCUGUAAAGAUGGUUGUAGAAAUGGUGGAGCCUGUAUUGCUUCCAAUGUCUGCGCCUGCCCACAGGGAUUCACAGGCCCAAGCUGCGAAACUGACAUUGAUGAAUGUUCAGAUGGUUUUGUCCAGUGCGACAGCCGUGCCACCUGUAUUAACCUACCUGGAUGGUACCACUGUGAGUGCAGGGAUGGCUACCAUGAUAAUGGCAUGUUUUCACCAAGUGGAGAGUCGUGUGAAGACAUUGAUGAAUGUGCAACAGGAAGACAUAGCUGUGCCAAUGACACAAUUUGCUUUAACCUGGAUGGUGGCUAUGACUGCCGGUGUCCCCAUGGGAAGAACUGCACAGGAGACUGUAUCCAUGAAAGCAAAAUUAAACACAAUGGGCAAAUUUGGGUUUUGGAGAAUGAUAGGUGCUCUGUCUGCUCCUGCCAGAGUGGGUAUGUAAUGUGUCGGCGAAUGGUAUGUGAUUGUGAGAACCCCACUGUUGACUUAUUCUGCUGCCCUGAAUGUGACCCAAGGCUUAGUAGUCAAUGUCUACAUCAAAGCGGGGAGAUCUUAUACAACAGUGGAGACACCUGGGUUCAAAACUGUCAACAAUGCAGAUGUUUGCAGGGUGAAGUUGACUGUUGGCCCUUGCCUUGUCCAGAAAUGGAGUGUGAAUUUAGCAUCCUCCCUGAGAAUGAAUGUUGCCCUCACUGUGUCACUGACCCCUGUCAAGCAGAUACAAUUAGGAAUGAUAUCACGAAGACUUGUCUGGAUGAAACUAAUGUGGUUCGCUUCACUGGAUCAUCUUGGAUUAAGCAUGGCACAGAAUGCACCCUAUGCCAAUGCAAGAAUGGGCAUAUUUGUUGUUCAGUGGAUCCACAGUGCCUUCAGGAACUGUGAAGCUAAUGACCAUGUAUCACAGGCAGUUUCUGUUCAAGAAUUUCCUUUGCAAAAGACUUGUAGACCAAAAAUUGUUU